UGUGCGGUUGCCGCAGCACCACUUGUGCGUGCCAGUGCAGCGAGGAGUCCAGCAGUAACUCUCAUCUGAAAAAAACCUGAGCAGUCGGCUGAAUAACCUCAAGUUUCUGGAGGAAGCACUGGUAGAUUAUUUCUCUGCGACCUGCCAGAGAGGAAGUAAAAAGACUCACUUUAUUUGGUUGCCCCCUCACAAACUACGAAAGGGAAUGCCAUCGAUAAAUAUGAAACUGGAGAUGGUGACCAUCAUCGCCUGUGAAGUAGACAUCGAGGUGUUUACAUCAGACAAAAUGCAGGAGAGAUUUGAGGCAUUGUUCAGGAUCUAUGAUGAACAGACAACUUUCCAGAUGUUCAAAAGCUUCCGGAGAGUCCGAAUCAACUUCAGCACCCCAGAGGCCGCUGCCCGUGCUCGAAUCGAGCUACAUGAGUCAGAGUUCAACGGCAAGAAGCUAAAACUCUACUUUGCCCAAGUCCAGAAUGGCGAUGAGGACAUUGACAAGUCAUACCUGGCCCCUCCCCAGCCAGUCAAACAGUUUCUGAUCUCGCCGCCUGCUUCACCACCCGUGGGCUGGAGCCAGAGUGAAGAUGCUACACCUGGCAUCAACUAUGAUCUCCUGUGUGCAGUAGCCAAGCUAGGACCUGGUGAAAAGUAUGAGCUUCACGCAGGGACAGAGUCCACCCCCAGCGUGGUCGUCCAUGUGUGCGAGAGCGAGACGGAGGAGGAGGAGGCAGCACAGCCAAAGCAGCAGUACGUUCAGACCAGACGUCCCGACGGACCUCCAAAAUUGUUUAACUAGAGAGGCCACCUCCCCCCAACACGGCGCGGCCCCCGCCCGCCCCUUCAACCCGCAACACACCUGCCCUCUCUCUCUCUCUCUCUCGUUUCUGCAAUCACAGAGAGCGUCGAUGCCCCUCAUUUCAGUUCAACUGCAAGCAAAAACAAACAUUGCUCGAAGACGGUGUUUGUGGGGAGCGCUGCGGUGAAAUGAGGCGGCUUGUAGGGGAUGGAUGAGAAUCACACACACACUCAUCACAUUCUGCAGACAGCGUGGGGAGCGGCGGGCAUGCUUUCCUCCACCCACCAAACCCCCUUCGUUUUCAGCAAGAGGGGUGGAAAUACCUGUCCGAACGCAGGCACCUGUUGCUAAUCACGCACAUCUAGCUUUCAUUGCUAGUCCUGCUCAGUAGCUUGUUAGUGAGUUAGCUUGUUAGCCUUACCUCUCCCUUCGUCUCACAGUCAUGUGUACAAAAACUUUAAAUUGAGGACAUGCGAUAAUCUCUAAAAGUAACUUUUUUUUUCAUUUUACAAUAAUUCUCCUUUCAGAUUAUGUAUAUUAUAUACAUGUCACUCUUUCUUCUUUUUAUCCAUUCUCAUUUCUACUGGUUUGUCACUUCAGCUUGCAUCAAUAUUGACUGUGUGAUGUUCCCGCUCUUGUCUGCAUGUAUAUACUGUAUUACAAAAAACACGUACAGAAAUACAAAUACUCACAAAAUAUAUCAAGAAAAGGAACCUAUUUAAUAUCACACACAGCACGCAGCGCCAUAUGUGACUAAAGUUGUGGUGAUUGAUUUUUUUUUUUUUUCCUGAUUGUUUUUUGAUUUUUGCCUUUUUUAUUUUGAGAGGUGUUGGUUUUUGCUCAAGUACUAGAUGUGUAUUCUUACUCUGUAUAUGAUACCCUGAUACUUUUUGCAUGCUUAGUUAACUUCUGUAGAUGAGGAGCUGAGGUGUUGUGUUUUCUUUUUAACUGUUGUUUGUGAUGACAGGGAAAAGGUGAGAUGCCUUUGACGCCGGUGCAUAGCUCCAUGCACACUUUAAAGUGACAUUUUAGGGACAAAAAAAAAACUGAAUUGAUGUUUUUAUGAUUGACAGUUCAGUUUCAGGUUGAUGGCAAAUGUGAAUUUGUCACUUUGUUCGGGAUUUGAUGGAUCAGAGACAGUUCAUCCCCCUCAUUUUCUUCAAGGGGUUUUGGGAUGGGGGUUUUUUUUCCAGAUUCUGUUUGUUGUAAUUCAGAUCUUUAUUGUCUUGGGUGUGUUCUUUGAUCAAAUCCUUUUACUUUGUGUCAGGUUUUCUUCUGAAACCUACUAUUGCUUGUUUUGCACAGAGUAUCUCUUAUCAUCUCCGAGGAAACUGCUGAGCUCUUGACCAGCUCCUGCUGCACACCAGACCACUGUGCUGCUUCUUGCUGUAAAUAGCUAAGCAGUAGAUUUGUGGAAAUAGUCCUUUUAGAUUGUAUAGUGUAACUGAAAGCAUUUUGCUGAGAAAAAGGGAAAGUUAGGUAGGCUCAUAAGAAGUUAACCAAAGCAUUCACUCACCACCAAAUUAUUUUUUCUUACUCAAAAACACUGAUGUAUAUUGUUGAACUGAGCAGAAAGAAAUCAUGCAGUACUUUUUAUUGCAUUAUUUUCAUUUUAUAUUAACAUAAAGCAGUACUUUCUCUAGUAGAAAUCCAAAUUUUCAUUUAAAAACAUUAGCUCCUUACUAUUUUGUUAUUUAAUGCACCUUACAGUCCCAUGUUAGAUCAGUGUGCUUCAUGUGCUCACUUGAUUAAACAUGUUCCAUCUUUAGAAGCAACACAAACAGAUGUUUCUAGCAGGGUUUUUUUCAGCAGUGGGUUUUAUUUGUCAGUAGGCAGCAUGAAAUCUAAAAAGACUUUUUGGUAUUUAACAAAAUUAGUAAGCAAAAGACAAGUCUGUCUGCAUGUGAGUACUUAAUUGUCUGUUUGUUUUCUUUCCUUGAUAUAAAAUAGACUUUCAUGAGACAAAAUAUGAAGCACAUUGCAUUUCUUCUGUUUUUCUUCUUCUUCUUUUUUUCAAGCUGAACACCUGGUAACUCUUUUCACCAGCAUAAUGCAGUGAGUGAAACACUCCAUGUCGUUUUUGCUAGUGUUGGACAAUUUCAGGCCUUUUGGAUCUAUGGGGGUGUACUAUACUGAAAAGACAUGCAGUACAGUGAUGGGUGUAAAAACAGGCAGGAUGACAAAACCAAUGAACAGAACAAAACCAGUGUCUUUGUUUGCGUGUUUGUCCACAAGCUUAUCUUCUGAGAAAAUUAAACAGUUCUUUGAAAUGCACCAUGCUGGCAGAGCGCGGUUUUAUUGGCACUACAGUAAAGCUGUCGCGGUUAUCUAAGCAGACAGCAGAUUGGUGGAACCCAGGUGGAUUACGAUAAAGAGGAAGAAGCUUUGCAGGAGGAACGACACUCGUGAAGGUUCAUUUUUACUCUCUGCAGCAGUGGUGUUGAAAUUGUCACAGUUGAAAUGAAAAUGUAUAUUUAUGUACAUAUGCCAAGUGUUUUUUGUUUGUUUGUUUGUUUGUUUGUUUUGCACAGGUCUGACCCAGUGUGUGUUUUGUUACAGCUUCUCUUGGCAAUGCUAUAAUAGAAAAUUACUGACGCAUACUGUAACAAUAAGUCCUGAAUAUGCUCGACCAACAUGUGUUGUGUUCAACAUGGACCCUGUUUCAAUGUUUCUUUUACUUCUGCAGAACGUCUACUAUAAAGGUCAACAAUACCGUUUGUCACUGUUGUACUGUUUCUGUUGAAAUAUUGUCUUGUAUUGUAGGAAUCCAGAAAACAAAGUAGCAAAACAAGCAAUAAUUUACAGUUCUAUAAGACCAGUAUGUGUAUUUUCAUGUUCUGUACUUAUUUCUCAGAGAUGGUCUCUGUCUCUUAUAGUAUCUGCUUCUAUUUGUGUAGUAUAAUAGUCCUUUGUUUCACAUAGAGAAAUACAUAAAGACUUAUUCUUAAAA